AAAAAAAACACCCAUCGUCACUCCUAGAAAUAAAAAUGUCAAGUCAUGGAGCGUUUCUGAUGAAACCCGCUAUCCCCUAUUUCUAGGUAUCCGACCCCCCUCCCUAUACUCUUCCGCAAUGCCGAUUCCUCUUGACCUCUUGAAUUUACUAAUAACCAGCAUCAAUCGUUCUAGCGGCUUCAGUUGUCUCGUCUCUCUCGCACGGUCCUCAUUGUUGGCGUUGCUCUUAUUCACAACGUUUUUGCACAUCUUUCAAGCAUUUUUUUGAUUCCACUUAACCGACUCCUUACAGUCCCCCCCACACACACACAUCAAAUGAACUCGUCAAUUGUGGAAACGGCCUCAGGAAUGUUUCAGAAAUUGAAGGAAAUGUCGCAAUCUCUGGGCCUGCCCAGUCUCGAAUUUAUCGACGCUUUGGGCAACACGGUGCAGAUGGAAAUCCGGUCGCCUUCCUCUUUGGAUUUCAAAAUCCCGAAUUGCGAGUAUCAGACGCAUUUAAUGCGGCUCCUAGUCAACAAGAGUUUACAUUUCCUGUUGGAAGUGUUGGGCCAAUCGGUCACCACCGGCAAUUUCCUGCCCGAAAAAUCGGCCCCGGUCGAUCCGAAUCUGGUCGAGAACGUGUUAGGCUCGUUGAAUGGCGGCGUUAUAGUUUGCCAGGGACGCGGGAUUGUUCGUUUGGAAUUAAGGGAGCCAUCACGACGGCAGGAAGCCGUGCGUGAAGCUCUGAUUGACGGCAAUGUCAUCACCUAUCCCGACUAUCGUUACCGAUCGUGCGAUUGCGAGUUGCUGGUGGACAUGCAGAACGGUGCCACCCAAUGUUCUCCUUGCGCCACGCCCUACGAUCCGUGCCGGCGCCAAAUCUUGCCCAACUCGUUGAAUUUGUCCGAUUUGAACCUAGACAAGAUGCAGGGACUUGACAAGGAUGAGGGAUCGAAAAACGGCCAACAAGAGGAUCAAGUGGGACCGACUAUUAUAGAACAUCAUCAUCACCAUCAUCAUCACUAUUACAGGGACGGAGCAUCGCCAGUCUCGUUUCUGUACCAAGAUCAGAACGCACCUGCGCCCAUGUCCCUCACCAUCGAAUGAAAAUCUUCUGAAUUUUGAAUCGGCGCGUUGGUAAAGCCGCUGGAAUGAACUUUGUCUUUUAUUUUUAUUUUUCUUAUUCGACCACUAUACGUACCUUCUAUUUUUAUACUGAAACAAAAGAAAACGUCGGUAAAUCUCGACGACGUUUGUAUGUGACGUUUGUAUGUGUCCCUAAACGUAAGAACGAUGUUUAUUCGUUGUGACCCAAGUUGGCUUGUAAUGGUUUAUCUUUUAAUCACCCCAUUUGACUAGUAGAACUUGUAGCGUCAGCGUUGUUGUGUCUUGUCCGUUUUUGGUCUCCGAGUGUGAACCAAUAAAAGGAAAUUGUUUUAUUAAA